UUUGUUUAGGAGGUUGUGUUUUACCCUCUUUCUCUCUGUCGCGGCGGUGGGUUGGAGCCGCUGUUCCUGGGCUGGCACGUUCCACAUUAUAUAUUUAGUUCAAAGCCAUACAGUUAGAAAUUCUCUACGAGCUAUUUAACUGGAAACACUUCAUCUAAGGCAUUUCAUUCAUUUCACCUCCAGGUUUCCAACGAUUGAUAAAAGACCCUAUAAAAUGGCGGUGGUGAGCGGGAUGUCAGGGUCGGCAGUAGCCCGGCUUGAGGGCCGAGAAUUCGAGUAUCUUAUGAAGAAGCGCUCGGUAACCAUCGGUCGAAAUUCUUCCCAGGGAUCCGUGGAUGUCAGCAUGGGCCACACAAGUUUUAUUUCACGGAGACACCUUGAAAUAUUCACUGCGGGUGAAGAUAGCACGGGCAGCGGCGACUUCUAUCUUCGAUGUCUCGGCAAAAAUGGGGUGUUUGUGGAUGGGGUGUUCCAAAGGCGAGGGGCUCCUCCUCUACAGCUUCCACGAAUGUGCAUCUUCCGUUUCCCCAGCACAAACAUCAAGAUCACUUUCACAGUCUUGGCGAGUGACAAGAAAGAGCGAAGGAGCACCCCUGAGUCCCCAGUGAAAGUGGUCCAGCCCCAGAUAGCCCCGCUGACUAUCAACAUUCCAGACAACAUUACUCACCUGAUGAGCCCCCUCCCUUCGCCCACCAGCACCCUAAGCGCUGCCAACUCCUGUCCGUCCAGUCCUAGAGGGGCUGGGUUGUCCAGCUACAGGAUGGGACGUGGACUCACUGCUGAAUUCAUCGGGGACAACUCUCAAUCAGAGAACGACAAAGACGCCUCCGGAGGUGACAGUCCAAAGGAUGACUCGAAACCACCUUAUUCAUACGCACAGUUGAUAGUCCAAGCUAUUACAAUGGCAACAGACAAACAACUCACACUGAAUGGAAUCUAUACGCACAUCACUAAAAACUACCCUUAUUAUAGGACCGCAGAUAAGGGCUGGCAGAACUCAAUCCGUCACAAUCUGUCACUGAACCGCUACUUUAUUAAAGUGCCCAGAUCCCAGGAGGAACCAGGCAAAGGCUCCUUCUGGAGGAUAGACCCCUCAUCGGAGGGCAAGCUCAUAGAACAGGCCUUCAGGAAGCGAAGGCCUCGCGUGCCCUGCUUCAGGACUCCGCUUGGGCCUCUCUCUUCUAGAAGUGCUCCAGCUUCUCCAAACCACACAGGUGGACUCUCCGCCCACUCCAGCGGGGUGCAGACACCAGAGAGCCUAUCACGAGAGGGCUCUCCCAUACACAUGGAGCCAGAGCCCGCCCCUGCCUCCAUCACCACUUCUGUCCAGCCCAAGCUCGCUGUCAUUCAAGAGGCACGCUUCGCUCAGAAUACCCCUGGGUCUCCCCUGACCGGCCAGCCAGUUCUGAUCACAGUGCAGCGGCAGCUCCCCCAGACCAUCAAGCCAGUGACCUACACCGUGGCCUCGCCGGUUUCCACCUCCUCCUCCUCCUCGUCCCAGCAGCAGCCGACGAUGGUGCAGACGUUACAUGUGCUGCACCAGCUCCCGGCCAUGGCAGUCACCACUAUGGCCGGCCUCACCGCCGGCCUCACCUACACCGCCACCCCCAGCCAGGCCGUCAGCAUCCAGUCAGUGAAGCAGGAGAAUGGUGGUGACCACUCGGAGGUCAAAGUGAAAGUAGAAGCGAUGCCUGCCAUCUCAAAUGCCUCUAUAGGCGGGGCAAGUCGCAUCAUUCAGACCUCCCAAGCCACGCCCCUUCAGACAGUUACCUUGGUACACCAGGCCCCAUUGGGUCAGCACCAGCUGCCAGUCAAAACCAUCACACAGAACGGCACGCACCUAGUGCCUCUCAGCGCUGCCCUCUCAUCGGCAGGAACCACAGUGGCGAGUCCCCUGCACAUACUGGCAACCCACGCCUCAGCGUCGGCCUCCCUGCCAACCAAACGCCAGAACGGACAGCCGUCAGAACAACCUGAGCCCAAGAAGCUCAAAACCGAGGACGAGACGGAAGGUGGAGGGCUUGUCGCCAUGACGACAGACAGGGACAAGCAGGCGGUCAGCAACUAGGGCUAUUUCUCCCAUUUUCAUCUUGUUGACCUCAAGUAUCUCUCAUUUCUUAGUUUUUUCUUCCCCUUUUUUUGGCCCCAACCAUUUCCACCAUUACCUAUUCCAUCUACUUCUAUGGUGCCAAAAAAAGGAACAACAUGUUUAAGAACACAGAUGGACCGGGAAAGUGCGAUCAUCACUGAGGAUGUAGGCAAAGUUGAAAGACGAUAUAUUUGGUGCAAACAAGACCAAGGAAUGCGAAGGAAACAUGGGUAACCUAUAGUGUACAGUGAGUGAAGCACAUUAAGCCUUUAAACAUAAACAGACAAUAUAUGUGAAGUUGAACCCCAAGGCCUACUCAGACUUCAGAGAACAACAGUCCAGUCUCCAGGAGGUUCUAGAACCUUCCAUCUCCACUACCUCUUUGUGGACUGGAAAGAAAUAGGCAAAUGGACGGUUGAACUUGAACAAAAUUUGAACAGCUGUUAUCGAAAAGCAUGACACAAUCGAAACACUUUGGAAGCUUCGAUAGUCUCUAAGGUAGUCUUCAGAUGCUAUUUUGUAUGCAGAUAUUCAUAGUGGCUUGAGUGUUUGAAGCGGGACUUGCAACUUCUUUACCUGAUCCACGGACACAACCGUACUGCUGCUAUUUGUGAAGUCCUUAAGAAAAGAAGUUGCAGUGGUCAAAAAGGCAAGUUUUCAAAGCGAUCUCAUGUCCAUGUUGUUCGUUGACAAACAAACAAACAAGCAAGAAAAAUGUUCUCAUGUUGUACAACAGAUUGGGAUUUCUUACAUUCAGUAGCAUAAAAAAAAACAACUAUCCUUGGAACCUGACCCAGGAGUUCCAAGUUGGUUCCACAAAGGGAAACUGUGGUGACCUUUUGACCUGUACAAUGGCAGCUAGCCUUCACAUAAAACCUACCUAAUGCAGUCCUAACUAGAUAUGCAGUCUUUUGUGGUACAUGUGUAUCAUAGGGUCUUAUUUGUGUGUGUUUUUCCAUUUACCAAGGCACCCAAAAGCAACCAGACCCCUCCAAAAUAGGGUCUUUUCACAUUUCCAAUCGCUCAAGUUUUAGGGUUUAAAAAAGAAAAAAACAACAACAUCCUAAUAGGAAAAACAGACUCUAUACCUUCAUCAGAAUGAAUGUAGUUUCUCCGUAAAGGAAAAAAAAAACACUAUCAAUACAGUGGAUUUGUGUGUGUGUGUGUGUUGUUUUUUUUUCUUUUUUUCUUUCCUGUCAAAUCCAAACGAUCUUUUUUUUUGUUACACCUACAGAUCUUUUGUUUUUCAUAUUUUAACAAAUAACCUAUAAGAUAAGAGAUAUAUUUCCAUUCGUAUUUGAACAAAACACUUCAUAUGAGCUUGCAUGUUUAAUGAGUAGAGAAAACUAUACAGGACCUGAGCAGAAACCCUAAAGGAACUGUGAAGAAACUUAAAAAAAAAAAAAAAAAAGGAAAUGUUUUCCUCAGUGAUUUCAGACCAGAGCUGCACUUACCUUGCCCCCAUCUCUCUCUCCCUUUUCUUUUUUACGGUUUCCCUGUCAGCAGUGUUUGUAUUUUGUGUUGGAAGUUGGCAAUGUCUGCCCAAUUUUUAUUUUACUCUGCUCAGAUUAAAAAAAAAAAAGUUUAUUCAGAUGGUAUAUGUUCCUCAAGGAGAAAAAAAGUGAUAGAUGUUUGUUCUGCUUCAGUGGGUAAAUGCUUUUUAUAUAUUAAAUUAAAAAAAGAA